AUGAACGAGAAGUACCAAAUCCACGACGCGGACGGCAUCGCGAAGAUGCGCGCCGCGUCGCUGCUCGCCGCGCAGGUUCUCGACUACGCGGAGACGCUGUGCAAGCCCGGGGUCACGACGGACUUCAUCGAUCAGAAGGUGCACAAGAUGAUCGUCGACGCCGGCGCGUACCCGAGCCCGUUGAAUUACGGCGGCUUUCCGAAGAGCGUGUGCACGUCGCUCAACGAGUGCAUCUGUCACGGAAUCCCGGACACGACCGAGCUCAUGGACGGCGACAUCAUCAACGUCGACGUCACGGUGUACCUCAACGGGUACCACGGCGACACGUCGCGGACGAUCAUGGUCGGCGAGGGCGUCACGGACGAGGUGCGGCGACUGGUGGACGCGACGGAUCGAUGCCUCGCCGCCGCCAUCGACGUCUGCGGGCCCGGCGUUCCCGUGCGAAAGAUCGGCGCGACGAUCCACGGGCUCGCGGACGAGCUCGGGUUUGGGGUCGUCGAGAAGUUCGUCGGACACGGCGUCGGGUACGAGUUCCACAGCGGUCCGACGGUGCGCCAUCAUCGGAACAACGACCCGGGGACGUUGGUGCUGAAUCAGGCGCGUUCUCAGUAUACACCGACGUUCACCAUCGAGCCGAUGUUGACCAUCGGCCGGACGAACGAUCGGAUGUGGAAGGACGGGUGGACCGCGUUGACCGCGGACGGGAAGUGGACCGCGCAGGCGGAGCACACGCUGUUGAUCACGGAGGGUGGGGUGGAGAUUUUGACCGCGUCUCCCGCGAAGGCGGCGGCGGCGGCGGCGGCGGCGAAGUAG